UCUCUCGCGCGAAAUCCGUUUUAACCGAAUUCAAAUCUGCGGAUUUGCAAAGUAUUCAAUCGGCAGGUAUCGCCCAAUACGCUAUCAGGCUACUGUCAAAACAAACCGUGUGGAAAAUUCCAAAAACAAAUCCGGAAAAUUCCUCGGAAAGAUCGUGCCUCCCCCGCAACGGAACUGCUGCUGGUGCUGGAAGGUGGUGGAAGUGGUUGUCCUCGUCACCAUCUCCUCGCUCUGCUCGUCUUGCCCGCGGUCGUCGCACUAUUUGUUUUGUGUCGUCGUCGUCGUCGUCGUCGUUUGACCUAGCAGCAGUACGCGUGGUGCCAUAAGCGGAUCGCAAAAUGUUUUGCAACGACGACGCUCACUGACCCCAACCAGCCCGUCCCCGAUCGCGGUUGUCUCUGUGUGUGCACCCAUCAGUGCCGUUGCAGCGAUCCGCAUCGAUCGUGAAGUUCGAUCGGAGAAAGGGGGGCUGACGCUGCUACGCCCGCAAUCCUCGGACGAUCGAGCCCUUAGCGGACUGGUACGUUUGUGUGCCGUGCCGUAUUCCUUAUCGUCGGCUGCGGUACUCCCUUCCCUCGGGAACACCCUCAGAAAUAGGAUUGCAUCGACGGCGAUUGAUCGCGCGAUUAGAAUUUCGCAACGUACGCACGGCCUGCUAUCGUUUGCAGUGCAGCUAGCAGCCGUCUAGUGAAGUCAUGGGAAACAAUCACAGUACUAGCGGAAAGCCGCAGGGCUCCAGUGGUUCGAGCAGCCCAAAAUCGAAGGCGACGACGGACCAAGAGAAGCUGACGCAAAACCCAGCAACCGGUGCUCCAGGCAUCCGCGGCAUGACUCGCACGGCUAGCGGUGCAGAUAUUCAGGACCGUACGCAAACCCAAUUCCAACCGGUCGAUAAGCUCGGCCGGAUGUUGGCGAAAAAGUGUGAAGAGGUGCAUGGCAUCCAUCAGGGCAUUACGGGAGAUAUUUUCGCGCGUUACGUAUUUCCGAAGUAUCCCGACCUGGGGCUGAAGCUGUUUCGCUAUCUGCGCCACAUGAGCCACGCCAAAACGGAACACCUGGGCCUGGUGGCGUUCCGGCAGCAGUGUGAAAAGUUUCUAGGCCUACUAGACGAUUCCGUCAUUCUCGAGACACACGUACGGAUGUUCGGUGAUCUGGUGAGCGAGAGUGAACUGAUUAAGCCGGAGAAUCUGAAGAGUUUGCUGCGCACCUGCUACAAUCUUGCGAUGGCGCACUAUUCGGACGGACCGCAAACGUGUCGACUGCUAAACCGUACGCUCGAUUCCGUGGUGCAAUCGUGCUUCUUCUCGAAGGAAUCGCUCAGCCCGGGCUACAUCUGCCGCUGGCUGGAGAAUAAUGUGCCCCGUUUGGUGCCACCGAUCCACAAGUAUUGUGUGCACGCACUAAGCACCUCCCAUCGGACAAUCAUCGACAGCAGCAUGGCCAGCAACAGUGAAACGGUCGUCUCGGUGAGCGCUAUUAACGCCGGGGAGGCCAGCUAUGGACUCGAGCUGCAAACACCGAUCCUUGAGAAGGUGAAUCCGUUCGCGAAGGAGACGGUAACGGCUGGAACCGGCCCAGGAGCGGUCGGCAAACAGCUGACGGACGAGGAACGGGAACGACUGAAAAACCAGCAGCCGCUGCUGCCCCUCUCGGAAGCAUGGUUGCUGGCAGGUUCGCUACCACCACUCUACAGCAAACCGCAAUCCAUCCCGGCACCGGUCCACUCGAAUUCAUCCAACCUGACCUCUCACAUAUUCUUAGCCAAACUGCUGUCGAUGGUACCGUCGCACUGGACAUCGUUGUACGACUCGCGGCUCGACGGGGCAGGUACCAACCGUUUCCUGCACCAUGUGCUCGGCUAUCGUGGCCCGAAUCUGAUUCUGUUCCGUUGCGAAGACGAUCUGCUGUUCUGCGUGGCGAAUCCAAACGAAUGGCGCGAAACGCAUCUGUAUACCGGCGACGAGGGUAGCUGCUGCUUACAGUUACUUCCAAAAUUCCAGAUGCUGGAAAAGAAACCGAAAAGUCUCUACCUGAACACGCACAUACGUGGCUAUCCGAAAGGACUGCGUGCCGGUUCGGAUCCCCGCAAACCGAUCCUGAUCGUAGAUGAGCACUUCGAGCGGCUCGAAUACCGUGCGCUGCAACAUCGCAUCCUGUCGAUCGAGGUUUGGGGUUGCGGUAACCAGCAGCAGCGCGAUGUGCAGCUUGACAUCAAGAAGUGGCAGGUCCGGGAGGCGGAACGGCAACGCACAGUCAAGAUGACUGCCGCCGACUGGAUGGAUCAUCCGGAUCGCUAUCUGCUCGAGCUCGGUGGCCGUCCGAACUAUAACAAUUCAUCUAAGUAGUUCUCGUAAGCUCACUGCAACCCCCAAUACCCCUUCCAAUUAGUCUAAUGCCGGAGCGGUUAUGUACUUGGGCGCGAAGUAUUAUCCAACCAUUGCUUCUGCAGAAUGGGAUUUGCCGUUGGAAUACCAUUGAUUUUCGCAACGGCCACGAGUCUGGUACUUAGUUCAAUUCGCUUCGUUGCAAAUACUACGCUCUUUGCGUGAAAUCCUUGUGCCUUGGGCCGCGAGACGUAAAAGGGAAAAACAGACAGACAAGUAGAAGCACAGAGAGAAAGAGGGUGCGGGUGCUAUAGGUAGUAGAUUUCAGUUCCAUUUGCAUUAGGUUUCAACAAAAUGGUGUGAUAUUUUAUAGAAUGAAAAGCAAACCAGCACCCAAACUAAGGAUACUUAAGAAGACCGUUCAUCGUACAUUAUCGUAUACGGUUGUGCCCGCGUGUAUACAUUGUGCUAGCAAAAGAAUAUGGUUUUAAAUCAUAAUAAACGAAGGGCCUUCCAUUGGUUGAGCCGCAUGA